AUGAAGAAACCUUUGUUACUUUACACUUGUUACAUUACGAUCUUUAUUGUGAUCAUGAUGGUCCUAAUGAUGGAUAGAAGUUACAAUCAACGCGUACCACUUUUUGUGACAUCCGGUGAUGCUAACAAGACCGGUAGGCUUCUGAACUUCGAACCGGAAGUAGACAAGCCUCUAUCGGACAAGAACAUUUUCUUUAUCGAAACAUCGGGUAUUACGAAAGGAGAUUUAAUGCUGAAAAGUCGUCAAGGCUGUGCGGUCGAGUCUGCCGCUAGAAUGAAUCCAAAUAUGACCGUGUACCUGCUGCUCGUCUCCCGUUCGAAGGUUCCGAAUCAAUCGACGAAGUUCUUUGAUCAGCUGGAAAGCUAUCCGAAUGUUCGAAUUAGAUGCGUCUAUUUAGACAAAUACAUGGAAAACACGCCGCUGGAAAAGUGGUACAAAAGAGGCGUGUGGAAGGAGAGUCAAUGGCCUAUAUCACACAUGUCCGAUGUCCUUAGGUAUCUGACGCUGUGGAAGUACGGAGGAAUAUACUUGGACUUAGACGUCGUUGUCACAAA